AUGAGUAGCAGCAAAAAAGCAAACAGCAGUACUACUAGUUUGGAUGAUAAAGAGAAGUCGCUGAAAGAAAAGUAUGAAUCAAUCAAAAAGAGACAACUUGAAAUCGAGAAACAAGAGAAAGAUAAGAGUGCUGAAGAGAAUAGAAAGAAAUUGAUUGAAGCUAAAUUGUUGUUGACAAAGAACAUUGAUCAAACCACAGAGACAAAGUCAACUGGAUUCAAACGACCUACAAUCAACAAGAACAAACCAGAGUUGAAAAGACAAAAGAGUGAUGGUGGUCAGAAUGAUUUUGAAGAUGGUGAAUGUAAUGACAAUGCUGGCAACAACAAUAACAAUAACAGUAGUAACAAUAACAACAAAGAAAUUAAUAAUAACAACAAUAACUAUAACAUUACCAAUGUUAAUCAAGUACAUAACACAGGAUUGAAUAAUAACAACUUUAGAUCAUCAUAUCAAAAUAACAAUAAUUAUAAUAAUAAUGGUGGUGGUGGCCAAGAAUAUAGAAAUAAUCAUCAAAACUAUGAUCAACUCUAUUCUAUAUAUGUAGGUGAUUUGGCACCAACAACCUCUGAAGAAACAAUCAAACAAGUCUUUAAGCAAUAUGGAAAUAUAAAAUCAAUCAAACUAUUCCCACAAAGAGGGUAUGAUAUUAUUACUUAA